AAAAUGAAUAAUAUGUUUCUCUUCCCUCUCUUAAUAAUAUAUACAUAAUCUUGUAGCAAUACUGCAAAUACAGGAUGGAAUAAUAAUUACUAGAAAAUGAUAAUAACUACUGCUAAUUCAAUAACAAAUGUUGAUUUAACUACUGUAUGCCCAAAAAUUGAUCCUGAUAAAGUUCCAGAUCUGACUCCUUAAGAAUAUUUAAGUUCCAAUAGCUGUCUUGGAUAUUUAGGGCCAUUAGGUCCAUAUGGACCAUUGUCUUUAAUAGGACCUUUGUCUAAUCCUUUAUGGUACACAUCCAAAUUUUACUUUUUUUGGCAAAUCUCAAUGCCUACUGUUUUAUAAGAGAUAAUCUAAUAUACUCCAUAUUAAUAGGGAGAUCCUAUGUCUAAAGAUGGUCCAUUAGGAUAUAAAGGACCUUUGUCAAAAACUUAAUAUUAUGGAUAAUAAGAUCCUGGUAAAACACUUUUUGAAACUAAUGACUUUGCUGUCUAAUUAAGAGCAUUUGGAUUAUGGUCUGCUCUAGGUCCAAUAGGACCAUUAGGACCUUUAGGAGCUUUGGGACCUUUAGGACCGAUAGGAGCUCAUGGAUAUAGUGUAGACAUUAAUGGAAAUUAUAUUAAUGGAUCGAAAAUUGUUAAAACUAUUACCAUAGAUUAUGAUGGCAAUAGUACUAGAACCUAUCCAUUGUAUGAAUUUUAUUAUAGCAGUUAUGCUAAAACCAUUUUAUUGGAUACUUCAUUUGUAGUUGAAAGUGUUGUUUGUUAAGGUGAUGAUGCUUAUUAAAUUGGUUCUUAACAUUUUAAUUAGAUAGUUACAUUUGUAUUAACUCCUCUUACAGCUUUAGAGUCUUAUUCUUUGAUUCUAGAAGAUUAAUCUGGCAAAAUAAUAACUUAGUCAAAUGCUAACAAUUAUAUUCAAACAAUUUAAUUGACUGUCAAAAUGAAUACUAAAUUAACUAUAAUAGUUCAUCCAACAUUUCUAUUUACAACUAUUGGAUCAUAUAGAUUAUUCGUAACUGGAUCAACAGAAUAUAUUAGUGAAUACAAUAUAUCUGGAAAUCAAAUUAUAUCCAAAUGA